AUGGGUAGUUAAUGCUCAUAGUGUUAGACUUGUUAGAAAAGAGAAGAAUAGGUAGUAGUUUUAUCAGAGAUCAGACAGCAGAGCUCUUAAAAUAUGAAUCAGUAUUCUUAGUAACCACCUGAAGAAGAAAAUGAUGAAAGUUCAUGUAAUCCAUGAGAAUAAUUAGUGAGCAAAGGAAUAGAGUUGAGGAAAAAUACAAACUUAGAAUAAAAGUAUUAAUCAGAAGCCCCAAUUCCAACUCCUAUCGUGACUCCAGCUAUAGCCCCAACCUAAUUAGUUACUUUCAGUGCUCAAAUACAAUAACCAUAACUGACCCAAGAAUCUUAAAAUGAUCCCAGCAUCUUUAAAAAAGACGGAAUGGAUAAAAGAAAUUAAGAAGAUUUGAAUUAGGAUGAGGUCAAUAAGCAAGGUCCUAGAGAGAAGAGGCCUAAAUAUGUGUUUAAGAGUGGAGCAAUUUAUGAGGGAGAAUGGAUAGGAAAUAUGAGAGAUGGUUUUGGAAUUCAAAUAUGGUCUGAUGGAGCAAAAUAUGAAGGUGAAUGGAAAGCUAAUUAAGCUAAUGGCAGAGGUAAGUUUUGGCAUGUGGAUGGAGACUAUUAUGAAGGUGAAUGGAAAAAUGAUAGAGCAAAUGGUGUUGGUAAGUAUAUCCAUGCUGAUGGAGCUUAAUUUGAAGGGGAAUGGCUUGAAGAUUUGUAACAUGGAUAGGGUAGAGAAUUUUGGGCUGAUAAUUCGAAAUAUGAAGGAGAAUAUAGAUAAGGAAAGAAGUAAGGUUUCGGAGCCUAUUAAUGGGCUGAUGGCUCUACUUAUAAAGGAAUGUGGAAUGAUAACAAAUUAAAUGGGUUUGGAGUUUAUAUUUGGCCUGAUGGGAGGGUAAGAUGAUUAGUUCAUACAAAGCGCUAUGAAGG